GAUAUUGGUUUAUUUUUGAGAAAAUUGGUUUUGAUUUAGAGUUUAGGUGGAGAAUGAGAUAAGAAAAUAGGAAGAAAAAGGCUCUAUUUAUCAGGUCAUCAAAGGAAAGAAAAAGGGAAAAACAUGAGAAAAUAAACGAAUUCAUCUUCUUCCCCUCUCUCACCCUGCCGCCGCCCCCAACCUGGUCGCGUUUUCCGGCGAGUCUCCGACGAGAAACGGCAACGACCCACGCAGAUAGACGUUGAUUGUUCUUCUCCGAUGACCCAUUUACUUGCUAGCAGGUUCAGACCCACGAUUUUGUGCCUGAGAUUGGAGGCAUUUUCACACACGCAGUCUUCUCAGUCUCCGGCGAAUCUACGAAACCACGUCGACGGUUACGAUUACAUUACUCCGGCAAUUGACGCGAGUAGACACCCACGCGAUUAUCUUUUCCUGGUGUUGGGGUUUCUCCGUGCAUAGCAAUGCACGCUCGCCAUAUGUUCGAUGAAAUGCCGCUGAGAAGAUGCGUUUCAUUGUUGAAGUUAAAAUGGGAUAGCUUCAUUGCGCAAUCCGUCUGUACGCAGCAUCGGUUUUGUUCCCUUCAUUCCACCGUAAACAAUGGAGCUGCUGUAUCAAAACUGUGUGAAGUGAUUUCAUGCACGAUCGGUGGUUUAGAUGAAUUGGAAUCCAGUCUGAACAAAUGUACAAUAUCAUUGACAUCUUCAUUAGUUACCCAAGUUAUUGAUUCUAGCAAAAAUGAAGCUCCCACUAGAAGAUUACUCAGAUUUUUCUUGUGGUCUCUCAAGAAGUUAAACCACACUUUAGAAGAUGAAGAUUUCAAUAAUGCCAUCCGCUUUUUUGCUCAGAAGAAGGACUACACUGCCAUUAACAUUUUACUUUCUAAUCUUAAGAAAGCCGACCGGGCAAUGGACGGCCAGACUUUCAGUUUUGUAGCUGAAGCUUUUGUCAAAAUGAAUAGAGACGAUGAAGCAUUGGGUCUGUUCAAGAACCUGGAGAAGUACAAAUGCCCUCAUGACCAAUUUACUGUCGUUGCUAUUAUUACUGCUCUUUGUUCGAAAGGGCAUGCUAAAAGAGCAGAAGGAGUUGUCUUGCACCACAAGGACAAGAUUUCUAGUACAAUGAGUUGCAUCUAUAGAAGCCUUCUAUAUGGAUGGUCUAUUAAGAAGAACACAAAAGAAGCAAGAAGAAUACUGAAAGAAAUGAAGUCAGAUGGAACCAUGCCAGAUUUGUUCAGCUACAACACUUUUCUCAAGUGUCUUUGUGAGAAAAAUGUUGAGAAAAAUCCUUCAGGUCUUGUGCCUGAAGCCUUGAAUGUGAUGAUGGAAAUGAGAUCCUACAAAAUUGCUCCCAACUCAAUCAGUUACAACAUAUUGUUAUCAUGUCUAUGCAAAACUAGGAGAGUGAAGGAAUCUUGUAGAAUCCUCGAGAUGAUGAAACGAUCGGGUUGUCGACCCGAUUGUGUAAGCUAUUAUCUCGUGGCGAGAGUGUUGUUCUUGACUGGAAGAUUUGGGAAAGGGCGUGAAAUCGUGGAUGAGAUGAUUGAAGAAGGAUUGACCCCUGAUCGAAAAUUCUACUACGAGUUGAUUGGUAUUCUGUGUGGUGUAGAGAGAACAAAUUAUGCAGUUGAGCUUUUUGAGAAGAUGAAGAGAAGCUCAUUGGGGGGUUAUGGGCCAGUUUAUGAUGUGCUUAUACCAAAGGUUUGUAGAGGAGGUGAUUUUGAAAUGGGGAGGCAGCUGUGGGAGGAAGCCAUGGCUAUGGGUGUUUCGCUUAACUGCUCAAGUGAGAUUUUGGAUCCUUCAAUCACAAAGGUUUUCAAGCCAACAAGAAAGAUUGAGAAUAAAAUUGUUGAAGAAUGCAAUACUGCUGAGAAGCAGAACAAAGCUGCAGCUGAGAAACCAAAUAAAAAGAGAAAGAAAGGUUAGUAAGAAUCUGUCUUGCAAAGAACUUCUUAAAUUUUUUUUUUAACUUGGUCAAAUUAAAUCAUUUCAUAGGUCUCCUUGUUCAAGAUUUGUAUAGUAACUUAAUGAUACCCCUAAACGAUUUUGAAUGGAGAUUUAGAAGAUUUUCAUUCUAAGAUCUUAAGCCUCCACAUGUUGUAAAAGAAUUUUGAGUUCAAACAUAUGUAGGGUAGAAGGUAAGAAACUUUGAUAAACCGAGAAUAUAUACUUUAUAUCAGUUGUAUA